AUGGGAAAGAAUCCUAUUCCUACAUUGUUGGCUGAUACUUAUUAUGCCGUUCAUUUCCGAUAUGAGAAAGGUCGUGGUGCCAUCACUUGUUGCCUUCAGUUGUUGUUCAUAUGGUUCCUCUCUUUGUUGCCCAGCAAAGGACCUUUUGUGAAGACAAGGGAGACACUCAAGUGGACCCACAGGAUUAUGUCACUUACUUCUUACGAUAUUCAGUGGCAAAAGUACCAGAUCAUCGUUUCUGAGGUGAUAGUUGGGUGCGGUGAGUUUGAUAAUGUUCCUUUGGUUGGUACUAGAGGUUGCAUCAAUUACAAUCUCGUGGUAUCCUUGCGUCAAUUGGGGUAUACCUUGAAAGACAAGCCAGCGGAUCACUUGGUAGCGGAGACAGUCUAUUUUGAGAAAGGGUCGGAUCCAGAAAAGUUAAAGAGGAUAAUUAUGGAUUGGAAGAAGAUCCGUAAGCAUUAUGGAGCUCAUUUAGGGAAGAAAGAAUCGCUUGCUCUGACACCGUAUGUUAAAUGGAUUAAAAAGCGGGUCGGAAACUUGUUGUUGCCAUAUGACAGGGUCGCACCACUUCAAAAGCAACCUCCUUUGAUUCUAUCAAAAUUUGUGCCAACAGAACUUUACAAGGAUGCUUUGGUUACCAACUACAGGUUGCACGAAAGGGAACAUGAGACCAACUUGAAAUUCUUUGAAGAAAGAGAUGCAAAGAUGAGGUUGAUGCACCAGCUCAAGCAAGUCUUAGGUACAAGCUCAAGUCAGGCAAGUGUCCAAAGGCGUCCUUAUGAGUUGCUAAAAGAAGAUUUGCGCCAUAAGCAACAAGAGUGUAUACAGUUACAGAGAUCAGAGAGUAGUCCCAAGAGGCAGAAGCGGGAUUCAGAUAAACAGCUAGCGGAAGAGAAGGCUAAGUCUGCUCGACUCGAGGAAGAAUUAACAAGACUCCGAGCCCAACGAAGAGGAGAUGGAGGAGCUCAUUCUGUUAUCAGACGAUCCUAG